AUGGAGCGACUGCAGGAUAAGCUGCGGCAGGAACGGACCAACGACCAGCCCAUCCUCAACCGGUGCGACUUCGACAUUGUAGAAAGGUACGUGGAUUCCUCGAGCGAGGAGGGGGGCGGAGCAGAAGAAGAAGAAGAAGAAGAACAGCGUCAUGGGGAACAUCAGGGAGCCACAGAACAACCGCGUCAGGGGGAACAACGCCCGAGUGGCCGGGCCGGCCAGACGAACCCCCCCCCGCGGGUGAGUUUCCCCCCAGCCCUGCACCGGAGCCUGCUGAACUUGCAAAAGGACAACCUGCAGGAGAGGCUAAACCUGGGCAAAAUUUAUGGCGCGCUUGACGCGGUCAGCGAUGUCAACGCGAGCAGCACUGUCAACACUUCCAAAACUGCCAACACUGCCAACGGUGGAGGGAACGAACCGAACGGAGGCGAAAAGGCCAGCCACGGCGAUGCUGACCGAAAAGGAGGAAGCAAUCAAGUGAAGGAGAAGCACCAGUUGACCUUCCAACUGAACCAAAACGAAAUGGCCAAACUGCAGUGGACAAACCCAGUGCGCGAUGAAGAGGUCAGAGUUAUAAAAAAUUUUGGUGAAAUAAAAUUGCACGAAGUACGUUUCGAUUUUGAAGGAAAAUUAAGAAUACAAAUAAACGAAACGGAACUGAACAUGAAAAAAAAAAAAAAAGUCUUUAACAAUUUCGAUGGACUGUAUCACCACAACGAUGAGCCACUCAAUAGUGGGUACACUUUCCCCGAAAUGAUUUUCCUCUGCCAGAGUUCGCAUAGCAAUCAAGUCUCCAUAGCUCUGAAGAUUAUGGCCAAUGUGUGUGUGAACUCGCGUUUAAGGGCUUUUCCCUUUGAUGAGGAUUUAGCAUCCGCCCUUUGUCGCGACCGGGGCGAUCUCCACCACGACGAGAGUAAUUCCCACCUUGAACUGAGGGCCCCCCCGCGGAGGGACAAAUACUCCUUCGGGUUCACGUACAGGAGAUUUUUCACCUACCUGAACAGUGACUUAAACCUGUUUGACAAGCUCCUCUUCUUGCUUAGGCACUGCAGGAACAGGAACAUCGAAAUGGGUUCCAUUCACUGCCUGGAUAGCUACACCUUCCCCAACAAUGUUUGCUCAUUGAAAGAGGACGUGGUGUUUGAUUACUGGGGGGAGGGGGACUCCCCCGUGCUUAGGUUUUUUCACGACUACGAGGUGUUUUCCUACCUGGACCUUUUCAGCGACGGCGCCUUCCUCUUCGAGGGGUGCAACGUCUAUUUUUGCGGCACGCGCAAGGGGGGGGCAGCCAAGCCAUGUGCCAGUGAAGAUGCUGGUGAAGAGGCAGACGAACAGGCCGACGAACACGCUGAUGAACACGCGGGGAAAGCCAAACUAGGCGGCGAGGAGACGGGGCACUCGCGGAACCACUCCGAGCAGUGGGAAGGCACCGACUGGUCCGAGGUGGCCAGGAAGCUAAAAAGGGGAGACGCAGCAGGGGGGAGAGAAAACCGCGCAAAAUGGACGAACGGACCAAACGGGGAAAAUCCACCAACAGCAAUGGUAGCCGAAGUGCCCAUAGAGGAAGAGCUCAUCGCCCACCUCGAACCGAUCAGCAGCAUCUCGGACGACCUACAAGAGAUGCAAAAGAUAAACGUUAAAAUGGUACACCUGGGCGGAUUUCACAAAUCCGCACAUGAGGAUAUCCUCACCAACAUAAGCACCAUUCUACAAAACAAUUUCGGGGUGGUCGAAGUGGAAAACAGCUGUGUGUGCCUUUUAAUAGGUCUACUGGCCAGAUGCAGACAGCAAGUUAACCUCCUCAGCUGUACAGACCUGAUGGGCAACCUACAAAAGAUAUACGAAUCGAAAAUAAUAGGAAGUGAGUUGCACAGGGAGAGGGAACAUCGAGGAGUAAGUCAAGCGGAUCAUGUCGAAACAAACUUCACAUACAAUUUAAUAACGCUCAUAAGGUACGUCAUCAUAUAUAACUACCAUAAGGACCUCUUGCAGAAAUUUAAAGUCCUUUCGUUUUUGCUAUUUCACAGAAGCCUUCCUUUUAUUCGUAAGGAUGGAGACAGAAGGAGGGUCUUUUUUUUGGCAACCGAAGUUUUGAAGGUGUGUAGACUGCUACUCUUUUGCAACCUGUACGUAGAACCCGUUGACUAUUUCCACGAAGUGAUUAAUCAUCUGAAUUACGGGGACAUCCAGGAUGACCAUGGCGUUUACGAAAAGUUCCUCUCUCAAGUGUAUUUGUAUUUGGCCACUUACAACAUUGUGGGGUCGGGUGUAGACCUCUCAGGCUUCCUAUACACGAAUAAAGUUAUAAGCACGCUGCAGAUUCGGGUGGGAGCUCUUCUGCGCCGCGGGGUGGGCAAGCGAGUGCCCCACAUGUCAGCGGGGGAUGCGGACACUCCAACGGGGGACACUCCAACGGGGGGAAGGCAAAAAACCAAAUGGGACUUCGCCCUCCUGUGCGAGCUGCAGCUAAUUCACCAGUGUGCAGUUUACCUCUUUUCCGUCUUCUGGUCCGUGAGGAGGAAGCGCCUGAUUGGAGAGAAGCAUGUUGGUUGCGAGCAGUUGGAGGCCCUGCUGCAAACGCUCCAGGUGCUGCUUCGAGCGGUCAUCGAGCGGUUCGACGCCUUGUUAGGAGCCUACGCGGGGGAGCCGCUGAGGGAGCAGCCGCCGAAGGAACCGCCUAACGAGUGGCGGAGGGACGCUCGCUGCCCGAACGUCGUCCAGAAGAUAAUUCGCCGCAUGACGGACGGCCCCCUCCCCUUCAGCUACGUGAUUUACAAAGACGAAAUUGAUUGGCACUUCUUCUUCGUCAUCCUGCUCCAAAUUGUGAACACCAUUUUGCUCAUCGUUGCGGAGCUCCCCUUUUCUUCUCUCGACAAGGGGAAUCAAACAACACUGAAACAUUUCAAUCGCAUUGCUGAAGAUGUUGCUACGUUUGAACGGGACACACUGAUUCAUUUCAAGAGGGAUGUCUUUUACGUGGAACAUGGGAAAGACUCGUGUAGCCUUUUCCUACCGCUGUCGUACCUUUUUUACAACAUUUAUGGCUUUAGGAGAGGCACGCACCUCAUGUGGAGGCACACCGACCAGUUUGCUGAAAACGCUGUGGAGAGGCUACUCUACUCCCUGAGCUUUUGCUCAUCCGUUCCGUUAAGCUACUUUUGUUUGAGGGCAAUUUUCGCCACGCCCUCGGAAGGGAGUAUCAUCCCUGGGGGAGAAACCAACGGAGGCAUUUCUUCCUCACAAAAAUGUGAUCACUUGGGGUCUUCUGCCUCUGACGAAAUGGACCCCUCCCGCGGAAGAUCGAAUGGGUGUGACGAGAGAAUGAUCGGAGAGGCCACCCCAAUCAAUGGCGACCACGUGGACAUCCCGAAGAACAUCAUACUCUUCCUAGGCAAGUACGUCCAAGGGAAAUUUCUGCUUUACCACAGCAAGAAAAGUAUCUUCUUGCUUCUGCUGAAGAAUCUAUUUAGGGAGUGCAACCGCAGAUGUGAGGAAGCCUCCAAAAAAAGAGACGCACUUGUACAGUCAGUCCUCACAUUUUUACUGAACAGACACAUCAUCCAUUUCAUCGGCAAGCACAUGGACGUGUCGAUUUUUUUUAAAUACUUUAUUCAAAUUUUCAUCAUCCAUGAGGGGAAGAGCAUUGGGGACUCCCUGGGGGAGAAGAGGGAGGUGUACGCGAAUUUGGUGCGCAUAGCGGAGGAGUACAUUUUUAGGCGGGUGGCCUCUACUGACAGCGAGGGGGAACCCCCCCCCGUUGUGCGCGAUAUACACCGCGUUGUUAAUAACUUUGGGAGGGAAAAUCCUCCGAGUGAUGCUAACGGGGAAGGUGCUCACCGGGAGGAUGGCCCUGGCGUUUACCCACUGAACACACACUUGGCGCGCUUUCUAAAAACGAACCGAAGAAGCAUAAACGCCUGCACUUGGCAAAAGCGGAUACAAAUCAGUGCCCAGCUGUCCGUGGCCAUAUUUGAGAAAAUCAUUGAAUCUUUUAAAAUGGCCUAUUUCUUCAGCCCCCUGAUGUUCGCAAUUUUAUUUUUCCUUUCGUCCACUUCAUUUCCAGAGGAAUGCCGAAAUGUGUUUUACAGAGACACAGAUUUGAUGAAAAUUUUAUCAAAAAAUGUGUUUAUUCGUUUUUCUGAUGAUGGGAUGAACUACAUCGUUUUUACUACCUCUACAUGUUACGGCAGGGAAGAGACCAAUUUUCUGAUUGACUUGACGCCACUUUUCCCCUCCAUUUUGUCCCUCCUGUUGGACGAUUCACAAUCGGAUUGGUUCCCCCCUACCAUGCAGGACUAUUUUGGAGCUCUCCGUGCGCAGUACCCCUACCCUAGGUUCGCCUUUUCCAAGAGGGGCAAGACCAGGCGGGAUGAACUGCAGGUUCUACCCAACUGGGAACUCUCUGCACAGCCCAUAUUUGAGAAUUACCAUGCGGUAGUUUUAUCCCCCUAA